UAGAUAAAUUACUUCAACCUUUGACGAAAAGGGGGGACCUUUCAGUAGCGAGAUACCUAAAGUGUUUAUUGAUUCACUUGUCAACGAAAUGUUCUUACUUUUCUUAUUCGGCGCAAUAAUCGCCCUCUACUUCUAUCUAUCGUCGGGAUUUCAGUAUUGGAAAAAAAGGAACGUGCCAAAUCCUGAACCAUCCCUUCUUUUCGGCAAUCUCGGCGAUUCGUUGACUUCAAAGAGAUCGGUUGGACAGAUAUACACCGACAUUUAUAGAGAUUUCCCCGAUGUAUUGUACGUGGGAUUUUAUCGGGGCAGACAGCCGGGUCUGGUACUGAGAGAUCCACAAUUAAUCCGUGACGUUAUGAAUAAGGAUUUUAACAGUUUUCACGAUAACGAUUUGAUCAUAAGCGAAGAAGUUGAUCCGCUCGGUGGGCGCAACACGUUCUCUUUAAAGGGGGAAAAAUGGAAAACGGCGAAGAGCCUAAUCACCCCAUGCUUCACGGCCAAGAAGAUGCGGGAAAUGCACGUGUUCCUUCAAAAGGCGGCGAACAGAAUGGUUCGGUACUUAGACGAUGAUGUACUAAAAGGCGGUGGCAGUUUGGAGGUGCGUGAAUUAUUUGCGCAAUUUGGAACCGAAGUUGUGGCAAAUUGCGCUUUUGGUUUGGAAGGAAGAACGUUUGAUGAACCCGAUCCUUUGUUCAGGAAGAUGGGUAAAAAGUUGUUCGAACCGUCUCCGUUGACUGUGAUCAAGUUUAGCAUUAUGUUCAUGUUCCCUUCACUGUCAAAUAUUUUAAAGAUACGCUUUAUACCUAAGGAUGUGACGGAAUACUUCUGCAACAUUGUUGACGCAACGCUUAAUUACCGUAAAGAAAACAAUAUUGUUCGUAACGAUUUCUUGGAUUCAAUGUUGGAAUUAAAGAACAAGCUUGGGGAGAGCAAGUUUACAAAUACGGAUGUGACGGCCCAAGCUGUAGGUUUCUUUACUGACGGUUUUGAGACAAGUUCGUGCGUUAUUGCAUUCGCCCUCUACGAGUUAGCCGCAAAUCCAGAAAUACUUAACAGGCUGCGUGCAGAAGUUGACCAGGCGCUUCUGAUGCAAAAGGAGCUAGAUUAUGAUUCUGUUCACGGGCUAAAAUACCUCGACGCAGUCAUUUGCGAAACCGUUCGCCUUCAUCCACCCGCACUGGUACUACUCCGUUCCUGUACUAAGCCAUUUGUCUUUCCGCCACCAAGAGGUCAAGGCACUGGCAAAGACGUUAACGUUGAAGUUGAUACUCCAAUUAUGAUACCUUUAUACGGCUUACACACUGAUCCCAAAUACUUUAAGGAUCCGUACGUGUUCGACCCCGAGAGAUUCAUGGGUGAAAACAAAGAGUCGAUAGUGCGCGGAGCGUAUCUACCCUUUGGUGAUGGGCCACGCGCUUGCCAUGGACAACGCUUUGGUGCAACACAAGCUAAAGUUGCCCUAAUUAACAUUCUGGCGAAUUUUGAUGUUACGGUUAACGAGAGGACUAAAACUCCGUUGGAAAUUGAUCCCAGAUACUUGAUACUACACGUUAAGGGAGGUUUAUGGAUAAACUUUUCUAGGAGAACCUCUAAAUAGCUAUGCCUACAAGUGAAUCGCAUGCUUUUACUUUCAGUGUAGGUCAGAUGAAAUAUUGUAUUGUAAUAUUCCUUUUAGAGAGCAUAUCUGCCUGUUUUAGAACAUAAUGAAUUUAAAUACUAAGUAAGUAUUUAAAUACUGUUACAAUUUAAUACCGCCAUAUUUAUGUAACCUUUUCAUUAGAAGAGGUGCUGUUCAGAACCUAAACUUGAGAGUAGGUAGACUCAUAUACUACGUAACAAAACAGUUGAUGGUUCUAUAAUGUAUGCGGCGUAAUUUUAUUAUUAAAUAAAAUUCCUAUUGCAUCUUUUAA